AUGGCAACCGCAAUACCCUCCAUAGCCUGCAUAGGCAUAAUCGGCCGUGAAAACAACCCCCUCCAUGUCUCCAUCUUCCCCUCCUUCAACCCGCAGACCAACACUCUCGCCCCCCUUCGCACGCCUCUCCAGUUCUCCCUCCUCCUCUCCUCGACCCUCGAUGUCUUUGAACUCCGCGCUCGCCACGCUGCAGGCACUGGCACCGGGCUCUCUGGCGACUUUGGCCUCCUCCACGCCGUCGACGAGCGCCUCGCCGCUUACGGCUUCGAGACGAACACGGGCGUCAAAAUUGUUGUCGUAGUCGACAUGCGCGGGCGGAGCGUCGAUGGCAGCGUCUUUGGUGGUGAUCGAAAGUCUGCCACGGGCACAGGGACGGGGGUCCGCGGGGCGGUGGUGUCGGGUUGA